AUGCAGAGCCUGUGCCCCGUUCUGCAACAGGCUGUGCUGUAUACCUUCUUGGGAUGGUCCUUUUUAUUGUCUCAAAUACUGGAUGCGAAAUCAAUCCACACCGAGAAUUGA